AUGCGGUGUCCUGAUUCCGUAAAGGCUGUACGGACCAAUACCGUCCACUGCGCCGGCUAUAAUUGCCCGAACCCGAUAGCCAUCAGGAGGAACCCUUUGAUUCGCAGCAUCGACGGCAAGACCCCGCAAAUUCAUCCCAGCGUGUUCGUAAGCGAGACCGCCUAUAUCGUUGGCGACGUGAUAAUCGGCGAGGGAACCAGCAUCUGGCCUGGGGCGGUGAUACGCGCCGACUACGGCCAGAUCGUCAUCGGCAAGAACUGUUCCAUUCAGGACAACUGUGUCCUGCACACGGACGACUACCUGGAACUGGGCGAUAACGUGCUCAUGACCCACGGCGCGGUGAUACACGGCGGCAUCGUCGGCAACAACGUGAUGAUCGGGGUCAAUGCGGUCUGCCUGGAGGAUUGCAAGGUCGGCGACUACGUCCUCAUCGGCGCCGGCGCCAUCGUCACCGGCACGCCCAUCCCCAGCGAAUCGCUGGUUAUCGGCGUGCCCGGCCGGAUCCGGGAACUGCCCGAGGUCCACCGCAAGCGACUGGAAAACCCGACCGCGCGCUAUCAGGAAAACGGCCGCCGGUUUAUCGCAGCGGGUCUGGGCUUGCAGAUUCCCGCGUCCGAGUGA